AGCCUGCCGCCGCUGCCGGUAACCCGUAGCUUAGCGAAGGAGGACCUCCAUUUCCCAUCGUCAUCAUGGCUCGAUCAAGCUUCGCGGCUAUGGCUUCCAUCGCCAUCUUUGUGAUUUUGUCAUUCUACUCGCUCUGCCUGCCGGCUGUCGCAGCGACUGACGCGGAUGCUCGUUAUCUUGCCGACAUGUAUGGUGACGAUGAGUGCCCUGUGGAAUUCGGGCCGUUGGAUUUCGUUCCAAUCAAGGCGCUAUGUGGCAUCGACGUGGACAACGAACUGUGUUGCGAGGCACUGCAGAAUGUAGCAAUGGACUCGAUCGCCUACAACAGCAAGUGCUUGCCGAAGUUCAUUGCAGCGGUUGAGGCGUACACCACAGUAAGUUCUGAGGUGGUCCGUAAGUGCAUGAGCAAGGACGGAAGAAGCGCUCUGGAGGAAUUCACUGAGCGGUAUUUUAUGGCCGCUGCAGAUUCUUCUCAGCCCGAGCCUUCUUCUGAAUCUUACCCUUCUGAGGCCGAGCCUUCUUCUGAAUCCUACCCUUCUGAGGCCGAGCCUUCUUCUGAAUCUUACCCUUCUGAGGCCGAGCCUUCUUCUGAAUCUUACCCUUCUGAGGCAGCGCCUUCUUCUGAGUCUUACCCUUCUGAGUCUUACCCUUCUGAGGGCGAGCCUUCUGACUCUGUUGAUUCCGAGGCGCAGCCUUCUGAAUCUGAUAAUUCUGGGGGUGAGCCUUCUGAAUCUGAUAAUUCUGAGGCUGAUCAUUCUCAGUCUUCUGAAGCUCAUCCGGGGGCGGCGGUGCUCAGCACCGGAGACGUGUAAAAUUUCGAGGCGACGAAGAAAAGUGCAAAACCGCCGCGUUAGGCGGAUGAUAGAGGAGUACGAGGAGGAGGAGGACGAGGAGCUCUCUCUUGCUUUUCUUGUCUUUUUAUGCGCGCAUGAUAGAGGAGGGGGAGGACGACGACGACGAGGGGAGGAGGAGAAGAGAAGGUCCCUCUUUCUUGUCUUUGUCUUUUUAUGCGCAUAUGGUCGAGGAGGAGGAGGAGGAGCAGGAGCUCUCUCUUGCUUGUGUUGUCUUUUCAUGCCCGGUCUCUCCAUGGGUGGGUUUUAUGACGCCAAGGAUCU